UUGGGAACCACCGGAUAGUUGAGCAUGUAGGACGUACACCCAGUGCAGGCACUAAUUCUCUUCACUUCUCCUCCAUCAAUUCCGCGGAGUCUCGGCUUAAUUAAAAGGGGGGAAUACGGCGAGGAAUUAAUUAAUUAAUUAUUCGGGAAAAAUCGUCGCGGUUGAGGUCGUGGACGUGGUUCUCGUGUCGAUGAGCCGAGCGGCAUCGGCGAGGAUGGCCGAAGAGAUCGGGAGAGUCGCCGCAGCCGCAGAGACUUCGUCUUCAUCUGCCGCUUCGUUGCCGUCGUCGUCGAGGUGGGCGUGGCCGUCGGUGCUCCGGUGGAUCCCCACCUCCACCGACCGCAUCAUCGCCGCCGAGAAGCGCCUCCUCUCCCUCGUCAAAACUAGAUAUGUACAAGAGCAAGUAAAUAUAGGUUCUGGGCCCCCUGGGUCAAAGGUUAGAUGGUUCAGGUCCACAAGCGAUCAGCCGAGGUUCAUCAAUACAGUGACAUUUGAUAGCAAGGAAAGCUCCCCAACCCUUGUCAUGGUUCAUGGAUAUGGUGCUUCUCAGGGAUUCUUCUUUCGAAACUUUGAUGCGCUUGCAAGUCGUUUUCGAGUUAUUGCCAUUGAUCAGCUAGGUUGGGGUGGAUCUAGUCGACCUGACUUCACUUGUAAAAGUACAGAAGAAACUGAAGCAUGGUUCAUCGAUUCUUUCGAGGAAUGGCGCAAGGCUAAAAACCUUAGUAACUUUAUUUUGCUCGGUCAUUCUUUUGGAGGAUAUGUUGCAGCUAAGUAUGCUCUGAAGCAUCCUGAACACAUUCAACAUUUGAUUUUGGUUGGUCCGGCUGGCUUUUCAUCAGAAACAGAACACGGCUCGGAAUGGUUAACCAAAUUUCGAGCAACCUGGAAAGGCAUCAUUGUAAAUCAUCUCUGGGAAUCCAAUUUUACCCCUCAAAAGAUUGUUAGAGGUUUAGGUCCUUGGGGUCCAGAUCUGGUGCGCAGGUACACUAGUGCCAGAUUUGGUUCUUAUUCAACUGGUGAUGUAUUGGCAGAGGAGGAAUCUAGACUGUUGACAGAUUAUGUAUAUCAUACCUUAGCUGCCAAGGCUAGUGGAGAGUUGUGUUUGAAGUAUAUAUUUUCUUUUGGAGCAUUUGCACGGAAGCCACUUUUACAAAGUGCUUCUGAGUGGAAAGUACCAACUACCUUCAUCUAUGGUUAUCAAGACUGGAUGAACUAUCAAGGGGCACAGCAGGCCCGCAGUGAGAUGAAAAUACCUUGUGAAAUAAUUAGGGUUCCUCAGGCGGGGCAUUUUGUUUUUAUAGAUAACCCAUCAGGAUUCCACUCAGCCGUCUUCCAUGCUUGCCGAAGAAUACUAUCUCCAGAUAAGGCUGAUUAUCAAGGUCUCCCUGAAGGCUUAAUGGCUGUAUGAACAUCUUGAUAUCCUUCCAAUGUCAAGACUAAACGCUUAUUGUCACUGUAAAAGUAUAGAGGCAUUAUCUUUUCUAUUUUUUUUACUAUAUUGUUAAUCCGUGUGCUCUUAUAUUUGUCCCAUUUGUAUACGAAUUGCUCAGUACACAGCUGAGUGAAAAAAGAACUUGAUAUGUUGUAGUUCUAUGAAAGGACGAGAGUUUGUAUAUUUGAUGAUUGCAUCCGAUCUCAGCCUGCGAAAUAUGUUAACUUCUUUAAAA